ACUACUCUGACCACUUACUUAUAAUAUUCUAACUGCCUACUGAUAUAAGAACAUCACUCAUUCGAGUGAUUUCAAAAUUAGAAAAGAAAUUGGGAUAGUCUUAGAUUAAAUGGGUAGGAAACGGUAACUAAUUUCGUGAAGUUUGAAUACCUAAACUGCUACGCAUAUUAUCUGUGAGUUAUAGAUUAGAACAAACACUGCGAGCAAUGAAUGCUCGUUCGCAAACGUUCGAUCUCACAAUGGAAGGUCGUCAAGUUGAUGAAGCUGUAUCCAGCAUCUUUCACACAAUCUUGUUCCAUCGUAGUCUUGGGAAGUUCGAGUACAGUGGAGAAGCGCGGUAUUCAGUGGGAACCAUAGGCUACAUGGAUAUUGAUUGCGACUUUAUAGAUUUCACCUACGUGUGUUGCACUUCACCAAGAUUAGACGCGACGAUUAAAAAAGAAAUCGGAGAGUUCAGUCGCCAAUUAAGAAGUAAUGAGAGCUCGGGUACGGGACAAAUAAGCUUGGAGUUCUACCAGCGCAAGAAAGCACGAUGGUCAUUUCUUACAGAAAGUAUCCCUUGGGAAGUUUGGACUAUUCGGCUUGAGCUCAUAAAUCUUACUAAUGAAGAUGAUCGUCAGGUCUGUAGAGAGAGAGUUGGUGACAUGCUUUCGGAUAAAAUUGUUUAUAUUACCGAGGUAAUGAAUCGACAUGAAUAUCUGCCAAAAACUCCCAACCAGAUAGAGCUAGAUUCAGUCUUUGAUACGUCCUUCCCAGAUGUACAACCAUACCUAUUUCAGUUCAAAUUUAAUACUACCGGUCCCAGUACAAACUCGGUGGGAAAAACAGUGAAAAAACUUUUCAAAGAAACGCUUUCAUUGUGACUGUUGAAGGCUGUUAUAUUAAUGUUGAUGAUGAUUUGUGAUCAUGUGAAAAGUGACAGGGUGUCGAAAUAAAUUUUCAGUGAGCUAUAAGUUUAUUGGUAAAGAUAAAUGUAAUCUUGAUAAUUUUAUAUUUUGUCAUAAUUACUGUUGAAAAAUACGAAUACUGUGGAGACACUUGUCGAAAAUAAAUGGAAUGAAUUCUUUUGAAUAUUUUAAUAUUUUAUCAAAUUAUUGAAGUGUUUAUGAAUAAGCUUCUUGACAUGGAAUAACUAUUCAUCUUAUUGAAUCAUGUGUAAUGUUGUCAGCAGAAAUCCCACCGUCUCUUGUUAUUUCGAAAAAAAAUUGUUUUAAAUUUAAUUAUGAGAUAAUAGAUUGAAUCACGUGAAGUUUUAUUUCAUUAACCUCUUUACAUGAUUAAUCAUUUCUGUUAUUCGAAACUCAAGCUAAAAAAGAGUUUUAACAUUUUCGAUGGCGAUUGGCCUACAAAUUAUAACCAAUGCAGUUAUAAAUUCAAUGGUUUGAGACGUAAUGUAGAUUUUUGUAGAAACCUGGCGUCUGAAAUUUCGUAAAAAGCACAUGUUUUUGUAUAUUAUAAGUCACAGAUAAUGGCAAUAUACAAACACAAAACUGGAAUAAUUUUCGCAGAAUAGACCACUAGUUAAUAAGAGUGAUUAAACAAAAAAGUAAUAGAAUCACGCUUGGGCAAGUUUAAUUUAAAGCACUUUAAAAUAAAAGCUUUCAAUCUUAGGUUAGUUCGAUAAUAAGAAUGAAUAAGUCAGAAAACAAAGACAUUGUUGUAAUUGUGCAUAAGAAAUGCGUUGAUUUAUGUAGACUGGGAAUAGUUGGUGUGAACGAAUGAUAAGUGAUAAAACAGAAUGUUUUAAGCAAAGAGGCAGAAAACUAUUUGUUUAGAAUGUAACCAUAUUGUGUAGAUAAUGCAACUGAGAAAACUUGUACAUUUUAAAAACAUUGACAAAAAUAUUAUGAUAAUGUUAAGCAUCGCAUGUAAAUGUAUUUUCUGCGCAUUAUGAAGAAACACACAAAUAGACAAAAUAGAGCUCAACAAUUGAGUUUGAACGAACAAUAAAAAGAUUACAA